CUUGCAAGAGUGACAAAAAUUUGCGCGACAAUCUGUUAUUGGAACCAUCGUAACGACCAAGACCCAUUUUAUGUCCCCAAGAAAGUAAGGAGUACUCAACACAUUCCUCCUCAAAAUGGGAGCUGUUCUGGGUGUUUGUUCGGCGGCUACUUGUGCUGCCAACAUAGCAUGUUGUUGUGGUUCUGCUGCUUGUAGUUUGUGCUGUAACGCUUGCCCUUCAUGCAAGAACUCUACAUCGACAAGGAUUGUCUACUCUAUCUUUCUACUCUUCGGGUUAAUUUUGUCAUGUAUUGUGCUCAUACCAGGAAUAAGAGAAGAGAUGGAUAAAAUACCAAAGUUUUGUGAGGUAAGAUCAGUAAAGUGGUCUACAAUUUCAAAACACCUAAAAGCGAGCAAUUCGUCCUCUGAAUACCUUGUAAAGCGCGAUACCUACUAAUGCCUGAUUCAAGAGGAAAUUUGAUAAUAGUUCAGUAACAGAAUCCUACAGGAAAUUUUUUUCUGUAUUAACUAUUAAAUUUAAGCUAAUGGGAAAGAAGAAGUCGCUUCAGGGGAAAACACACGUUGAAUUGUCGUCUGUUUUUAAGUGAAAUUCAUGUGAUUUCCUGCUGAGCAAGUCUACAGAGCUUUCGGAUCUCUUAAUGUUGCUUUCAGUUUACCAUAUCGUUACCAAACCGCAAAAAAAUCACAUCAAUAUUAUAAUAGAUAUUCUCUCGUUUAAUACGUGGAAAAUAUUACCAUUUCUCCUUUGAGACUUUCAGUAUUGCUCUUUUUUUCAUGAUGUCGCGUCGGCCAUUUCAGCGGCCAUAUUGUGUGGUGUUAAUCAAUCAAUUGAGAAAUAUCGUUUUGAAUCUAAUACGGUUUCCCAGUUUACAGAAGAUUUGUAGUGAGAUUCCAGUAAACACACAUACUCAGCCCAGAGAGGGUAGUGGUAAUUCUAAAGAGGGGUUAUAGACAGUCUCAAAUGUCAUAUUUGUUUGAGAAUGCAAUAAGAGUUGCCAGCAGGGUGUGUUGGCCCUGCGCUGCAAUGACAUGGAUGAGAUGCAUUUUUUAUUCUGGAACAAUGCGUUUUGCCUUACACUAUUAUGGCAUUUUACUAAUACAGCGAAACCUCUAUUAAGCAGACCCACAAUAAAGCAGAAACCCUUUGUUAACUGGACACUGUUAUGUGUGUUGCAAUACAACCCAGGAGGAUGAUUAAAUCCGAAAUUAACAUCUUAUAUUUCCAUUUACAACGAACCCCAAUUAAGUAAACAUCUUUAUUAAGGGGACGUAGACACUAAAAUGAAUUGUAUUUGGCUCAUUUCUAUUGUUAUAAAUCCCUAUUUAGCAGACACAGGACUGGAUUGACAAUGUAGUAUAUGGGAUUAUGUCCUUGAAAUAGUACAUUAAAUGUAAUCAAAGAGUCAAUGUUCUGCAUGUAUAAUCGUUGCUGUUUUGCUGUUAUGUUUUUGCAUUAUUAUCAACAAAUUAAAGUUGGUAUUUGUGCAAGGUAAUGAACUUGAACUCUGGAUAGCUUCAUUAACAACAUAGAACUUAAUCACAGUACAGAGUAACCUUUGAAUGUUAAUCAUUGACAAACAUUGUGCUAUUUUUACAAACUUCCAUUUAGUGGACACCCUCUAUUAAGUGAGCAGUUAUGAAGGUCCCAAGGGUGUCUGCUUAACAGAGGUUUCUCUGUACUAUUAAUUUUGUGUUUAUUUUUUAUCAUAAUUAUGUUACUUUGUGUUACACAACUGCUAAACACAGAAAUUUUCUAGGCACCAUUGGGACCAAAAUGGCUUAAGCUCGGAGUACUGAUAAAUGACAAAAUUCAGAUUAUCUUACUGACCACACUAGUAAGAAUUUUGGGAUAUCAUGUAGAUAAUAUGAUUGACUGGCUUUAGACAUAAUUUUUUUAAAACUUUACUCAGUAAGUUGUUAAUCACUCUGUUUAACAGAAAGAAGACAAGAUUUGUGACAGCCUCGUUGGGUACCUAGCAGUGUAUCGUAUCUGCUUUGCCAUGGCAGCAUUCUUCUUUUUCUUCUGCCUCAUCAUGUAUGGUGUAAAGAGUAGUAAAGAUCCAAGGUCUGGAAUACAAAAUGGCUUCUGGGGUCUCAAGGUCUUGAUUUAUGUUGGCCUUAUUGUUGGAGCUUUUUUCAUCCCAACUGGAACUUUUGUUGAAGGUACUGCAAGUAUAUGUAACUAGUGUCUUGCCAUUUAAUUUGAUGUCUGUCAUAAUCUUUUCAUUUUUUAAUUUUUCAAGUUGUUAACCCUCUAACUUCUGAGAUUGGUGGUCAAUUCUCCCCUCCAGCUGCUACACAUUUCCUUGUAAAUUAGUAAUGAGAAUUUAGUGGUAGAUCAAAAUAACAACUUCUACCUGAUAAGUUUGAGUGUUCUCAUUAGCUAUUUGCUGGAUAAUGUAUGAAUGUUAUAGGGACAAGUCCAAUUAAUUACUGCUGGGAGUUAAAGGGGAAUGAUUAGAAUGUAAUUACAUGACUUUGUUUAAACAUUUUGUUCAAGCAAAAGGUGUUUCAUUCUAGCUUUUUGCAAAUUGUUUUACUUGCUGAUUGUUGCCAAGCAGUUACAGACCAUAUGUUGAAAUAGCUUAUCCAAAAAAACUUCUAUUACCCAUCACAUGAAGGUCUCAGAAAUUUUAAAAGCUAAAUUUGGAUAAAUAGCAAAAUAUUUAAGUCUUAGUUAAUAUAAGCAAUAGACCAAACUUUCCAUCAAUUUAAUGGUAUAACCCACUUGAGAUUUUGGGAGAACACAACGCCAUAUUCAACACAAGAGAAGUUGUAAAUCACCUCAAUUUUCUAUGGAUUUACUGGUGCAAUAAAUGGCAGGUUUUUUACCAAUCAGGGCAGUCAUAGUAUCUUGGGUUAGUUACUUUAUAAAGCCUUCAAGUUAUGGCUACAUGUAUGGGAUAAAGGUUCAAACACAUUGGUCUGAUUAUUUGUCAGUUUGGAUGUACUUUGGCCUGAUUGGGGCAUUCCUGUUUAUCUUGAUCCAACUGGUUCUUCUUGUGGACUUUGCUCAUUCAUGGAACAGCUCUUGGGUUGAAAAAAUGGAAGAGGGUGGCUCCAAAGUCUGGGCAGGGCUGCUGCUUUUCUUUACAUUCUUGAUGUACGGCACUGCUGUGGCAGGAAUUAUCUGCUUGUACAUCUAUUUCACGCAUGGUGUACAUGGUGCGCCUGAGAAGAAAUGUCAUACCAACAAGUUUUUUAUCAGCUUCAAUUUGAUCCUGUGUGUAAUUGCAUCAGCUUUGGCCAUUCACCCCAAGAUACAGGAACGCCAGCCCAGAUCUGGUAUGUUCUUUGAGAAUUUAAGAGAUCCCAAUUUCUAGUACUUUCUGGCUUGGAAAUUUUGCAGGUUUUUUUCACAAAAAUAAUUUCCACAAAGUAAGGUAGUGCUCAAACUUAUGACCUUCAGAUGAAAGAUUAGUCAGCAGGCAAAUCAAAUGUUAUUUAUAUUUUUAAUCACAAUUUAUAUGAGUCUUUGAUGAUACCUUGUGUAGUGUGAUUGUUAAAUUCUUCCUUUUUUUCAGGUUUGCUCCAGGCAGCAGUCAUUACACUCUAUGCUGUUUACUUGACUUGGUCAGCACUACUGUACAACCCAGGUGGAUGAUUAAGAAAUCCCUUUAAUAUGUAUAUGUCAACAUUUAACCAUCCCAUACUCAUUAGAUCUUAGCCUAUCUCUUUCCUUUAACCCUGUAAUUCCCAAAAUCUGAUUACAAUUCUCCCUCUUGCAGCUAUGCAUUUCCUCUUAAAUUAGUCACAAGAAUAUGGUGUUACACUUAGAUCAAGAUAACAAUUUCUACCAGAUAAGUUUGAGUAUUCUCUUCACCUGUUUGCCGGAUAUUGUAUGAAUAUUAUAGGGAGAAGUUAUAUAGUAAUCACUUCCAGGAGUUAAAAUAGAAUUCUCCUCUGAAUUCCAGCUGAUGUUUGCUUUUUCAGAUCCUUCCAUGUCCAUCCUCACCAACAUUUCCCUACGUUUCUUCUACUCAAAAAAUUCCAGAUGAAGACUUGCAUGGUAGUUUUGUGGUUGGUUUUCAUAGCAUAUCACCUGUUCAAGACCAUUUCACUUUGCUUUUCUAGACUGAGUGCUACUUGUUGUUUACCCUCUAACCCCUAAGAGUGACUAGCAUCUAAUUUCUCCCUACAAUAUCAGCCUUGAAUAAAACAUUAAGGUCACAAGAUUUAAGGAAAUGAUCACCAACUAAAGAAGCUCUUGAUUGUUAAACAAAUUCUCCUUGUCAACACCUCAGGAAAUGUAUAGAGAACAGUAUGGAGAAUAUGCAGACUAAUAACAUUGACCAAAUUUUUAUUUCAGAUCCUUCAUGUAACCCCUUUGUAAACGCUGAUCCUUCAGUGAAGAGCGUUGACAACCAAGCCAUCAUUGGUGUUGUGGUGAUGUUUCUCAUGGUUGUGUAUGCAAGUGUUAGGACAGCAAGCAGCUCACAAGUGGGAAAACUUGGUAUGAGCAACCCAGCAGCAAGUGCAACAGGUAGCACUGAGGCCACUACCCUUCGUGAAGAGGGAGGUGCUAACAGUGACAUAAACCUGAUGGAAGAAGGGAACAGACAGCAGGUGUAUGAUGAUGAACAAGAUCAGGUGGCUUACAGUUACUCAUUUUAUCAUUUUAUGUUGUUCCUGGCUUCCCUUUACGUCAUGAUGACCCUGACAAACUGGUACAAGUAAGUGACUGCAUAAAUUGUUCCAAGUUAUAUUUCUGUGCUCUUUGGGAGCAGAAUUUUUAGAUGGACAAUGUAUAUUCUAGAACACUUUAUCAAAAUUUCUAAACAAUCAAUAACACAUGCAGCUUUGAAGAGUUUUUGCACUACCACUUCCUCUUUGUUACUUCUCUUUUGUCAUUAGUUUUUCUUAAAGGACAUCCUAAAAUUUUGUAAAUAGGACGUGAAAGAUGGUAAAUUUUGAUCCCCAUAAUGAUGUAGGCACAAGUAUGGGAGAGAGAAAAAAAUUCUUGGUCCUUUUGAAGAAUUGAACCUCAGAGGCAUUGAGGUUCAAUUCCUCAGUGGGACUCAGAAGUUUUUUUUUGUCACAGCCCUGUGAUGAAACAAAGAAACACCUUUCCUUAUUCUAGAUUGUUGUUGGAAGUGUAAUUUGCUCAGUAGAAUACAUGAACAUAUACUGAUUUUCUCCACAUGAAAAGAGUAAAUUCCAUUUGUACGACUUUUAAAACAAUCCAAAAUGUUCAUACCUAGUGCCUUAGUGCUGUUAGCAGUCAGCCUAAACUUUUUUUUUUUAAAUACAAGUUGCUUUAAUUUCAGGCCAGAAUCCAGUAACAUCCACAACCUUACAAACAGCAGUGUGGCAGUAUGGAUCAAGAUAACUUCCAGUUGGAUGGGUCUGCUGCUGUUUAUCUGGACCCUCAUUGCUCCAGUCCUAUUUCCGGACAGAGAUUUUGACUGAAGUGAGCACACCUAUCCUCCAGAUUACAUAGACACUGCAACCGAUUUCUAGGCAAGCAUGCUUAGACAUUUGGCUCUCCAUUAAUUUUUUGUUCUGCCUAGGUUUAUAAAGCGUGAGGAAGGUUUUAAUCUUUGACUGUAGCGUUUAGCUUUUGCGAAAUAAUCCAAAUUUAGAGGCAAAAAAAAGACUAGAAAAAGGAAACGAAAUGGAGAAAGAGAUUGUGGAAAGAAUGUUCGAGAUCGUCAGAUGUUAGUUA